AUGGAGGACAGCAGUACCAUUGAAUCGUCGAUUCCCCACCUCACAGACGUCGAUUGGGACAUGUCGGAGCAGCUUCGGGAAGUUUUGAAGCCCCUGCUCGACAUUACUGAGCUCCUUGGAGGGGACAAGUACGUUACUCGGUCUGUACUUAUUCCAGCCUUAAAACUGCUAAAGAAUAAAAUGAAGACGAAUGACUGUGACCCUGCCUUCAUCUGCCGCUUCAAGGCCAUGCUGGUGGACUCUAUCGAUGAGAGGCUUCGCGCGUGGCCGCAAUACAACGACUAUGAACUGGCAACGUGUCUCGAUCCUCGUUUCAAGAGCCUCGCAUGCAUCGAAAAAGAUCGCCGCGAACUUGUGUGGGAAAGGCUUUCCCAGCUAACACAUGCGUCUUCGGCCGAUUCUACUGAUCUAACGCCCAAGAAAAAAAGAAAAUACGUUUUCUCGGAGGAAAAUGAAGAACCCACCAUCUCCUGCCAAGUGUCGCUUUAUCGAUCGAUGGCCGAGGUGACGGACGAUGAACUGGACCCACUACAGUGGUGGCAAGCUCAGGGCUCCCUGUUUCCUCAAAUUGUGCCAAUUGUAAAGAGUGUGAUGUGUGUCCCAGUCACCUCAACGCCCUGCGAGCGUCUGUUCAGCGCAGCAGGGAUGAUCGUCAACACACAAAGAAGCUCGCUCCUGCCGGAAAAUGUCAACAAACUUCUUUGCCUCCGCAGCUGGGGUUGUGAUCUGUGA